AUGAUUGCAUUCAGAGAUGGAUAUACAUUCGAUUUCAUCGAAGGAGAAAUGCUCGAAAAAAGUCCUUUUACAUUUUGGGAUUUUUUGCAACAGCGAAAACGAUGGCUACAAGGCAUCUACUUGACUGUACACGCUAAGCAGAUCCCUGCAAAGAACAAAAUCUUACUUGGAUUAUCGUUCUAUGCUUGGGUUUCAAUGCCAGUAACAACACUUCAAAUGUAUCUCUUUCAUGCAUUUCCAUUACCGCCAUGCUUUCUCUUCGAUUUUCUGGUCGCAUUCGUUGCAGCCGUUAAUCUCUACAUGUACAUCUACGGUGUUGUCAAGAGCUUCUCACACAAGCAUAGAUCAACGAUCAAAAUUUGA